CUCACUAUGCUUUUCUAAUUUCUUUUCUGGAUCCAAAUGAUUGCAAUCGUAUGUUUUCUUUCUACGUAGAUUAGGUUUUGUUUCUUUUUUUGGCUUUGCCCUCGAAUUGUCCAAUUAUUUCAAAGAUGUGAAAUUUCUUUCAGUGGGAUUUGGGUUUGGUGUUGCAUAACCGUUCUAGAUUGGGGUUUCCUGAGAUUUCAGCUUUUGUUUAUGGCAUCUUUUUUAUUUCGAUCGAAUUUGAGCUGUUUUCAGAGGAAAUGAGAUUGUGAAUUGAAGUUGUGUGGAGGUGGAAAUAUUCGCAAAGAAUGCUUUUUGAACAACAAAUUGUUAUACGUGGUAGGGAUUCAGGUGUUUCAUACAGUUGAAAUCUCAGAUGAGGAAGAUUUGAUAUGUGUACUCGUUCAGCUUUAAAUUUAUGGCACCAGCCAUCCCGAUAGAUUACACAGGGCACAAGGAGUCGAAGAAGUUUUCGAAGAAGGUGGGGUUAGGGGAUAUGAUGGGGAAAACUCGAAAAGUAUCUACGGGUUAUUCCAGUGGUUUUGUGCCCGACUAUCGACAUGCGGUUGAGACAGUUGCUGAAUCAGAAGGUUUUGGGAAUGCGGGCCGCCCUGAUGCGGGGUUAAAUUCUCUGCAGGAUGCUUGUGUUCCGAGUGGGAAGUGCAUUGGCUUCAAUGUUGAUGAUUUUGGUAGGUCAGUUGUGCCAAUUCGAACACUGUCACUUUUGAAGAUGUCUUCUUCAGAGAGAAGGGAUUUAGAAAUUAAGCUGAAGAGUGAGCUUGAACAAGUACGUAAGUUUAACAGGAAGAUAGCUUCUUUUAGCUUGGAUAGAGUGGUGCAUCCACACACUACUGGUGUCCAUAACCAUCAAACUGGAGCAAAGAGACUUGCUACGGCAGAAAGCUUGCCCAUGUCCACCAUGAAUGAUGAGGCCGUGACACCAGGAAAGAAAAAAGGUCAUUCUGGAAGAAAUGGACCUCGCACUAAAGGUGGACCUUUGGCAGCUAGGAAAACAGAGUCGGUGAAGCAUGGUCUUCCACAAAAUACUAGUUUUGUUAUAUUGAUGAAACAAUGUGAGACUCUGUUAAAUCGUUUGAUGGUGCAACCUCAUGCCUGGAUUUUCAACAAGCCAGUUGACGUUGUAGCUCAUAAAGUCCCAGAAUAUUUUGAUAUCAUCAAGCAUCCAAUGGAUUUAGGGACAGUAAAAAGUAAAUUACUGUCGAAUCAGUAUUCCACUCCCAUGGAGUUUGCUGCAGAUGUGAGACUCACCUUCAAAAAUGCAAUGACAUUCAACCCACCCAAACAUGAUGUUCAUAUCAUGGCUGAGAUUAUGAAUAAAUACUUUGAAGUGAGAUGGAAAUCAAUUGAGAAGAAACUUCCACCUACAGCUGAUGAUUCCACGGCUUCCAAGUCGAGUGUCAUUAUAGAACCUGAAAGUGCUUAUAUGCCUCGUGCUAAGAAGCAGAAAAUUGCUUCUAAGGAACCGAGAGCCAGGCAUGAAAGAGAUAAGCCUGCAAUGAGUGAUGUUGAAAAACAAAAACUGGGGACCGAGUUGGAGGAACUAAUGGCUGAGCUGCCAGACAACAUAAUUAAUUUUUUGAAAGAGAGCACUUUGCACGGUAGUGAAGUAACUGAGGAUGAGAUUGAAAUCGACAUUGACGCGCUUACUGAUGAUACACUGUUUACUUUACGUAAACUUUUAGAUGAUUAUCUAUUGGAGAAGAAGAAACGUCAAUCAACAUCAGAGAACCAUGAUACUGAGAUGCAAAGGGAAUCUGGGUUUAGAGAUUCAUCUUACCUGCCUUGCGAAGACCAUGCACGAGCUGACGAGGAUGUGGAUAUUGGUGGAAAUGAUCCACCUCCUAUGUCCAGUUCACCUCCAAUUCGGAUUGAUAAGGAUGUUGCUGAAAGGAAUAGUAACUGCAGUGGCUCAAGAAGUUCCAGUAGCGAAUCAGGCUCCUCAUCUACUGAUUCGGAAAAUUCUUCAGCCUGUGAAGCUGAUGGUACCAAUAUCUCAGUUACUGCAGGAAAAGCUACAAAUGAUCAAGAAGAUCUCAGGGAAAAGGACUUGCGCGAUCAAAAUGAUGGAGAUAUCUUGGAUGGGAAUGCUGAUCAAUAUCCAAUGUCAUCCAUUGAACCUAAUUGUCCUCAAGAGGGGGAGAGUGCUCCACCAGAUAGGCAAGUCUCCCCUGACAAGCUAUACCGUGCAGCUAUAUUGAGGAGCCGGUUUGCUGAUAUUAUAAUUAAAGCUCAAGAGAAUACAACCGAGAAAGGAACAGAUUCCGAAAGACUGAAGCUGGAGAAGGAGGAGCUUGAAAGACGAAGAAGAGAAGACUCAUAUUUUGAUCAGAGAAAGCAAGACUCCAAGCUGAGGCCAAAGCUGCCGAAGAGGCUAGAAGAAAGGCUGAAGCAGAAGCUGCAGCAGAAGCCAGAAGGCAAAGAGAACUUGAGAGAGAAGCUGCACGUCAAGCUCUGCAGCAGAUGGAGAAGACGGUCGAUAUUAAUGAAAAUAGCCAGUUCAUGGAAGACCUUGAGAUGUUUAGAGCUGGUCCAGAUGAGCAUUUACAGAGCUUUAUUGACGAAGCAAGCCCAGAAAAUUCUCAAAAUGGUCUUGGUAGUUUCAAAUUCCCAGCAAAUAGUAAUCCACUAGAGAAACUUGGGCUGUACAUGAAGAAUGAUGAGGAGGAGGAAGAUGAAGCUCAACCUCAAAGCAUCGAGCACGAACCAUAUGAUACAGAGGAAGGAGAGAUUGAUUGAUGGACUAUUUACAAGUAAUAUGGAAUUUAUCCCGAUAUGUUGAUGCGAGGACUUUAAAGGUACGAAACUUCAUUGUUUAAUGAAAACAUUUAUGGUCUCUGAUGAAAAGAACCGGAAUGUGGAUUGGGUUGCAUGGGUACAAGAUUUGAUAUCCACAUUUUUUCUAUGUUUCUGAUGUCGAAUGCAAGGCAUUGUCUUUUGUCUUUUUUUUUUUUUUUUUUUUUUUCACUUUCUUCUAAAAUGGUGGGUGGAUGUUUUUGCCGGACCCAUAGAGUUUUAGGGGCUAGUUUAGUGGCAUGUCACGCAUCCGAUUUGAGCAAGAAUGUAUGUAAAUACCAUUUUCCAGUUUCUUUUUUUCUUGGCCUUAUUAUCUUUUCUA